UCUGCAAGGCCAGGACCAGGCAAACCUUCACAAGAAUCAUGCCGAAAUGGGACGGAAACUGGGCGGAUGUGGAGACAAAACAUCCUGCACCGAAACGCUACGUGCGUUGCCACCGCUGUAAGAAUGCCUCGUUGGUCGCGCUCUGGGACGGGCCUGAUGGAAACUCCUCCUGUUUUGGUCGGGCCAACCUGGACAAGAAUAUUGAGGGACUCCAGGGCUACUUUCCAUGGGGUGGCGAUGAGAAAGACUCGGUCAACUUCGGCAAGUUCAAAGUGCUCGUCAAGGAUGAAGAAACCGGUUACCACUGGGUAAGAAUUUGUGUCCUCGAGAAAAACCCCGGCAAGUACCACCCACUGGACAUUGACGGCAAGUCGCCCUGCUGUAUCAAUAACCUACUUGGCAAGGUGAAGAUAGCGGAAAGGAAAGGCUUUACUUCGUGGGGUGGGAAGGAGGUCCAGCACACAGGAGAUGAGCUGACGGAAGCGUGGGUUUUGUGCGUGCGUAAACGUAACCAAAAGAAACGGGUCGUGAAGAAACAAGCUAGGCGUGAUGCUGGUCGAAACAGUGAUAGCAGUAGCAGCAGCAGCAGCAGCAGUGACUCUGACUAAGUCUUACAGCAUUUUGAGAAAUCCUGUUUGGACAAUACUGCAUCACGGUUUUAAUUGACAGCAGUUGGUACUAGUUAGUAUUAGUUCUGGUCCAAGACCUAAAGAAUACCUCAUGUAUAUGUCA